UGUCCCAUGUUGAUGAUGAGUAUAGGUUGCAGAGCAGUAGCUCUGUCUCUGGUGCUGCAGCAGCUGGUGCUCACUAUCACAGCUCAAGGCAGUGUUUAUGACCUGCUGUCGUCUUCAGAGUGCCUGCCAGACUUGCUCCAAGGAAGCCUAAAAGCUAAAGGGAGAGACGAAGCUUUUCUCCUGUCUUCCUUCAGGCUCCACAGCCAGGCCCCUACCUCUCUCUACAGUAUCAUCAACCCCAACGACAACACCAAGUACCUGGAGCUCAGUGUGCAUGCCAAACUGAGCAAGGUUACCAUUCGUUACCAGAAGCCUGAUGGUAGACUUGGCACAACCAGUUUCAACCACGCCUCCUUGGCAGAUGGCCAAGAUCACCACGUGAUGCUACAUGCCAGUGGCCUACAGCGUGGCCCACCACGCCUUGACAUCUAUGUAGACUGCAGACUGGCUCACACCUUGAAUGAUCUGCCAGCUGCUUUCGGCUCACUUCCACCUGGUCCUAACAAAGUGGCACUUCGGACUCUGCAGUCAAGUGGACAGGGUGAACUGACAGACUUGAAGCUGGUGAUAGAGGAAACUGUAGACAAUGUGGCCACUUUACAGGACUGUAGCAUGGAUCAGGGUGAAUCUCUACAGCUGCUGGGUAUUCAGGGAGGCAGGGUGGUGUAUGACCAGGCCACCGUGCUGGAGCUGAAGAGCAUGCUGUCUGAGAUGAGGGAGCUUCUUCACCAGCAGCACUCUGAGGAACACCAUCGCAGAAUGCCUUGCCUGUGUCUGUGUGUGCGUGCAGGUCUCGGGGGCAAUCCAGCUAGUCCAGGUCCAGGUCGAGGUCCAGCGCCGUUUGUCAUGCCUCCUCCACCUCAGACACAGUGCUCACCUGGGACCUGUUUCAAACAGGACAUGUGCAUCCGUUCAGAGUCGGGAGAUUUCCGCUGUGCCCCAUGUCCCGAAGGAUAUACAGGAGACGGGGUGUAUUGUGAUGACGUAAAUGAGUGCCAGUUUAACCCAUGUUUCCGCAGUGUCCAAUGUGUGAACACUGCCCCUGGUUUUCGUUGUGAGAAAUGCCCUCUUGGAUACACUGGACCAGAAAUAAAUGGAGUGGGAGUGGCCUAUGCAAAAGCACACAAACAGGUGUGUGAGGACAUAGAUGAGUGUCUGGGCCCACCUGAGAAUGGAGGCUGCACUGCUAACUCCCACUGCUACAACACUAUGGGCUCCUUCCGCUGCGGAGAGUGUAAAGCUGGCUUCACAGGUGACCAGGUGAGUGGCUGCCAUGGUGCCAGGCUUUGCGCCAACGGUCGACCCAACCCUUGUCACGCCGACGCUAAAUGUGUCAUGGAGCGAGAUGGCAGCAUUAGCUGUGCGUGUGGUGUUGGUUGGGCAGGUAAUGGCUAUGUGUGUGGAAAAGACACAGAUAUUGAUUCAUAUCCUGAUGAUAAGCUCCCGUGCAUAGAAAACAACUGUAAGAAGGACAACUGCCUUGAUGUGCCAAACUCUGGCCAAGAGGAUGCUGACGGGGAUGGCCUAGGUGACGCCUGUGAUGAAGACGCAGACAAUGAUGGCAUUGAAAAUGGCAAGGACAACUGCAAGUUUGUUCCUAAUGUGGACCAGAGGAACAAUGAUACUGAUGACCAUGGCGACGCAUGUGACAACUGCAAAACUUUAAACAAUCCGUCACAGAAAGAUACAGACCAGGACGGGCUGGGAGAUGAAUGUGAUGAUGACAUGGAUGGUGACGGCCUAAAGAAUUUUCUUGACAACUGCCAGCAAGUCCCCAACCCAGACCAGAGUGACAGAGACGGAGAUGGGGUGGGAGAUGCAUGUGACAGUUGUCCUGAUAUGGCCAACCCUAACCAGUCCGACUCAGAUGCUGACCUUGUAGGAGACAGCUGUGACGACAACAUAGACAGUGAUGGUGAUGGCCACCAAAACACAAAGGACAAUUGUCCCACAGUCAUCAACUCCUCUCAGCUGGACACUGACAAGGAUGGAAUGGGAGAUGAAUGUGAUGAUGACGAUGAUAAUGAUGGAAUACUGGACCAUGUGGACAACUGCAGACUAGUUGUCAACCCAGACCAAAGGGACUCCAAUAAUGACAAAGUUGGAGACGCCUGUGAACAAGACUUUGACAAAGACAGUGUCAUUGAUGUAAUCGACCACUGCCCAGAGAAUGCUGAGAUCACCCUGACUGACUUCAGAGCCUAUCAGACCGUAGUGCUGGACCCAGAGGGGGAAUCCCAGAUUGACCCCCACUGGGUGGUUCUCAACCAAGGGAUGGAGAUAGUCCAAACUGUGAACUCUGAUCCUGGCCUCGCUGUAGGCUACAAAGCUUUCAGCGGGGUUGACUUCGAGGGAACAUUCCAUGUAAACACGGUGACAGAUGACGACUACGCCGGCUUCAUCUUUAGCUACCAGGACUCUUCCUCCUUCUAUGUGGUGAUGUGGAAACAGACAGAACAAACCUACUGGCAGGCUGCGCCCUUCAGAGCCGUCGCUGAGCCAGGAAUACAGCUCAAGGUGGUGAAGUCUAAGACGGGUCCUGGUGAGUAUCUGAGGAACUCCCUCUGGCACACAGGAGACACAGCAGGGCAGGUCCGUCUACUGUGGAAAGACCCAAGGAAUGUUGGCUGGAAGGACAAAGUUUCCUACCGUUGGUUCCUCCAGCACAGACCACAGAUCGGGUACAUCAGGGCUCGCUUUUUUGAGGGUUCAGACGUGGUGGCAGAUACAGGAGUGAUAAUUGACACCAGUAUGAGAGGCGGGAGACUGGGUGUGUUCUGUUUCUCCCAGGAAAACAUCAUCUGGUCCAAUCUGAAGUAUCGCUGCAAUGAACUGAAGUGA